AUGACAUCACCAACGCCGACAGUUCAAAAGAAGUCUAAAAAGUCAAAAACUACUGAUCCUACUGUAAAACUUCCGAAAGCAAAAUUUAAUGUGCCUGACGAAGAGACAGGAGAGAAACAAGGAGAAAUUGCAGCAAAACCAGCCAAUGAAGAGGCAUCACAAAAGGAUCCAGUCAUCGAUACAAAGCCGGACAUCUUUCAGACGACUCCACAAGAUGAUGACAUAAUCAUUGUAAAUUAUCCCAACAUAAAUGCAAAAAGGGAAAAAGACUCACAUAUCCAUGAUACACUAGAUGCUUUAAAUGGUACGAGACGGGAGGGAAAUGCACCCCUGGAAAUGCCGCCAGCAGCAAUUGAAGCACUAGAAAGAAUGCUUGGAAAAGUUCCUGACCCGAACAAGCCUAGAGGUUCAAAUGUUGGAAAAUUGGAUCAAGGUUUUACGUUCCCGCCAAGGACUAAAUCUUCUCCGAACAAUUCUUCGAAUCAUAGUAACAGUGCUACGGCUUCAACAUCAAAAAUCAGCGGAAACAAUAAAGAGAUAGACCAAGAUGACCUCGAUAAAAAAGAACGUGAUCGCCGUCGAAAGAGUAAUUUGAAUCCCUUUGCACCACCAUUCACUUUCUCUGCUGGCACGUCAGUAGAUGCUAAUAAGUCAAUUGAUGCGUCGGAACAAAAACAUGACGAUGAUAAGAAAAAGAAGAGUACAAAGAAAGAAAAGUUGAACCAUGAGAUGAAUGGCGACACAGAUUCAUCUUAUCCAAAGAAAAAACGUCGCCCGAGCCAACAACUUAUUACAUCAGAGGCCGCUCGGCAAAUCGAAGCUCCAUAUGGCUUCGCUCCAAAUGGAUAUGAACCUAACGCAUAUUACGUGCACGGGCCACAUACGCCUUAUCUACCAAACCAUGUUGAAGGAGCGACUAUGCCUAACUGGGAAGAGUUUCAAACUAAGAUGGCUGCAGAGGUUGUCAGUAGAAUAGAAUCAGAAUUUCAAAAAGGUGUUGAUACGCUUACAUCCGAGAUUAAAAAUAUUUUGGUAGAACAUAUAUCUGAAGAUUAUGGGGUAAGCGGAAAGAAGAAUGAUGAAGGAACUACACUACGAAAAUUGCAAGACCAGAUUUUCCAAGAAUUACGGAAUAAUCAUCAGGAAAUACGUACCACAUAUGAUCAACUGAUGCACAAAUACGAGGAAAUGCAAAACCGUCAUCUUGAUCAAGUUUCUUCUCUUCAGACGGCCCAAGAUGGUGAUAUUCAAAAUUCCAUUACGCAGCGUCAUGCAGAACUUCUAACCAUGCAUCAUAACUUGAAAACUGAACUUAAAACUGGUCUUAAAGAAAUUCAUAACGAAUACCUAAAUAUGCUGGAUCGACAACAGCAACUAAAUAAUGACAUCAAGAAUUCACAAGUUCUUCAGAGCCGUCUUGCUGAAUUAGAAUCCGAACUCAAUCAGUUACGCAUUAAAAAUACACACUUGACAUCCGAGAAUUCAAGACUUUUUGAAGAAAACCAUAAUGCCAAGAUGAAAGAACGUCAAUACGAUGAAGGAAAACGUCAACAAGAGACCUUGAUUUCCGAAUUAGAGACAGAGAUAUCUAAUCAUAAAGACAAAGCUUCUCGUGCUGGUAAGGAGCUUGAACUUAUACGAAGCACGGUGAGGUCGCUUGAGGCACAAAAGACUGGACUCGAAAGCCAUAACGGAAGUUUGGAAAACAAAAUACGUAACCUUGAAGUACAAAUACGUAAUCUACAAAAUGAUCAUAAUAGUAUUUUUGAGGAAAAUCAGGCGUUACAACAACAGCAAGACAAAUGGCGUAAAACGGAAAAAUCUUUGCAAUCUGAUAUUAAUGAACUUAGUCUUAAGCUUCUUAAAGCAGAAUCAGAAUACAACGAAUCGAAACGUAAAAUUAUUGAGGAUCAGAAUUCUUUUAAAACUAAAGAAGAUAAUUUACGAGAACAAUUGAAAGAAGCUAAUCAACAAGUGAUCGAGGCUCGUUCAGAUCAACGUCGAUUAAAAGAACUCGAAACCGAAAUGAAAACUCUUAAAAGUAGUGAGUCGGCGCAGUUAAAGUCCAAAAAUAUGGAAAUUGAUGGUUUGAACAAACAACUAGCUCAACUUAGACAGAGAGUCAGUGACCUUGAGAAGAACCGUACCGAAUUACAGCAAUCCAGUAAAAAGGAAAUUGCUGCACUACGUGCUUCCAACCAGGGCGCUGAGAGCCAAUUGUUGGAACUUCGAGAAAAGCAUAAAACUCUUGAAGAAGAAGUUUCUAAUACGCGAAAAUAUAGUAAAGAACUUGAAAAUAAAGUUUUAAAAAUUAAGGAGUAUGAAACACGGUUAGUUGAAUACGAAGAUCAAUCGGCAGAACUAAAGAAUUUCCGUGAAGAGUUCGAAAAUCUCAAGCAAAAAAUAAAAGGCAUGAAUGAUAUUGAAGCCCAGAAUCUUGAAAAGAUUGAAGAAUUGUCUAGACUUCGCAUAAGAGUUCAAGAAUUGGAGAAUGCAGAAAAGGACCUUGAAUACAUUCGUGGAGAAAAUAUAGAUUUAACUAAGCGUCUAGAAGCAUUAGAAGCAGAAAAGAAAAAGCAGUUAGAAAAUAAUCAUCCACAAAAGAACGCGAGUACUACGUCAAAUAUAUAUUCAUAUGGAGGACGCGAACCUAAAAUGAACGGUUUUGUUACGGAAUUCGAAGAUCGAGUGAUCUCAAGGGAUCAUCAACCCCUAUAUAACAAUCAACUUAACGGGAAUUCAGAGCAAAUUCAUUACAAUUCCGGUAUGAAACCGCCUACUGAAUAUAAUUCUCAACAGACAUUCAGUCAGUCACCUGCUAUUGGUGGUAUUAAUUUAACACAAACACAAUCCAUGCCACACAUGAUGAAUGGAACUGCGCAACAACCAUCUCAGCAUCAAACAUAUAUUCCUCCAACGCCAAAUUUAGCACCACCACUACCUCCACAACAGAUACAACCCACAUAUCAUUUAUCACAUAAUGGAUCAUCACCUUCACAACCUCCACUCCAAGCAUUUGUUCCUUUAUCUCAAUUGCACUCAUCUCAAUCAUCUGUACCUAUUCAUUCAAAUACACCUGCUUUAUCACAAAAAGUGCAACAAAAACAGGACCAUUUGCAACAACAGCAAUCUCCACUUCCACAAUUGGUGCCGUCGCAACAAGCACAAUCUAACCAGGGGCAAUCUACUGUGAAACAAGAAACAAAGUCUCAUAGUCGUCAAAGUUCCCGCUCCAACAAUAUUGGAGGUAGUGGAAAGAAGCAGCGCUCUCAGAAUGCAAAGAGAAAAGAUCGAAACAGAAGAAAUUCUACGACUGACAGAACAAAUAAUGACUGGGGCAAAGGUGAAUUGACUACUACCGAGUGGUGGACUGAGAAUAAGGAUCAAAAAAUUGAGACUUAG